CAUGUCUCCGAGCAUCCAUAAUUGUGUUACAGAUAUUUUUUUGCACCCCCCUCCAAAAGAUGUCAGCAUCCUACUGUCCUUGUUCUCUUGCUGGAACCCCGCAGAUUAGAACGGCGGGAAACACCAAGUGAUCACCCUUCCAGAGUUGUUACAUGCAAAUAUGACACUUCCGAAUAACAUAUCGCCCGGUAACUUCCUGAUGGAUUCUUUAAUGGGAGGAUCAUCUUCCUACAGGGCUGAGGGAUAUUCCAGCAACCCAGGAAUGUACAUCCACUCAGCUGCAGAGUACGGAUACUCGGUGAUGAGGAAUAUUGGAAAGGUUGGAUCAUCUCCACACUCCAAAAGAGACGAGGUUCCUGCAGGCGGCGUCCCGCUCGGCGGCUUCCAGGAUGCGCCCUACCUGUCAGCGCAGCUGGCCACAUGGACCUCAGGCUCCAAAAGCAGCAGAGACGAUCAACCUGUUGCCCACCAGUGUUUACAACCCUGCUCGUUCCCAGCGGGCAGCGUCAAAGAGGAGGCGUUUUGUUGCCUCUAUCAAGAUGACAGCAAUAAGGGGAAGCACACAACAGAGUCGGCCACAUACAUCCGGCUUGGAGACAAUAGCUGCCGUCGCCCUGAGCAGACUGCAGCCUUGUCCAGCGGCUGCUAUUUCCAGGUGUAUGGCGGGGAGAGGCCGCAGCGGGACGAGCAGCAGCUGCAGCAACUGCCCCCCGGCUUGACGCUGACCCACUUGGCGUCAUCUGUUGAAAAAGCAGCAGAAUCGACUGUGAGCUGCAGCAAAACUGCACAGGAGACACCCAAAGAGGCUCCUAAAACAGAUGAGGGUGAGAGCAGGAAGGAAGACAAGGCCAAGAGUGACAGCUGCUCAGAUAACUCAGACGGGGAAUUUAAAGAUGAUUUAUCGGCGGAAAAGACAACGGGAAGCUGGUUAAAAGUCAAAAGUGGAAGGAAGAAGAGGUGUCCCUACACAAAGCACCAGACACUGGAGCUGGAAAAGGAGUUCUUGUUCAACAUGUAUCUGUCUCGGGAGCGCCGCCUGGAGAUCAGCCGCAGUAUCAACCUGACCGACAGACAGGUCAAGAUCUGGUUCCAAAACAGACGUAUGAAGCUCAAGAAGCUAAACAGGGAGAGUCGAGAAAGGGAGCAGAGUGCAGUUUACAACUACUCCUGAAGACACUUUUAGCUCUAAACAUAUUCACUUGCACUCAGACACGACGAGGGACAGUUAUAAGACAUGCAUGCGUAAUUUUGUAAUGCUUUUAUCAGUUUUCUGUAUAUGUGUACACACACAUAUUAAGGGUGCCUUCUGAUGAUCAGAGAAGCUGCAUCUUGCAUAGAAAUCGGAAGAUUGCGGUGGAAUUGUUUUGAUGAAACUGACUAUGAGGCAGCCUCUGUCAGACAGUACAUUUACAGUGACACUGUCACAUUGCCGAGUUGUUCGUAAUGUUUUGUUACUUGUGUGUUGCUGCUUCUUCGUUUCGGUGUCUGUGGCAUUUCCGUGCUGUGUAACGUGCAUGCACAAGGUGACAUUAAGUUCUGUCAUGCUAAACGGUUCCAAAAUAAUAAAAACCGAGGAGAAAAUGGA